GAGAGUGGCUUCCACAUCCCCAAUAUCCUAGAGGCGGCUGAGCCGGAGGCGGUCGCAGAAAGCGGGCCCCGGGGGCCGCUCCAGCCGCGGCCGACCAUAGAGAUGCGGCUCCCGCCGGCUGUGGGUCUGGAGAUAGGAAAGCUGAGGCCCAGAGAAGCGAAGCGACUGUGUCUGUCCAAGGCCACGCGGUGAAGGUUCUUAAUCUUGACGGCUCAGCGUCCUCCUUGGCUCCCCCCGGAGGCCAUGUAUGGUCAAGCUUGAAGAUUCCCCAGAGCAGCGAUAAUAUUCACAUUUAAGAAGCCAAAACACACAAGUCGGUGGUGAUGACAGACCCCCUUUUGGACUCACACCCAGCCAAUAGCACCGGGGAGAUGGAUGGACUGUGCCCUGAGCUAUUGCUGAUCCCCCCGCCUCUCUCUAACCGUGGAAUCCUGGGGCCUGUCCAGAGCCCCUGUCCUUCCGGGGACCCUGCACCUAUACCUACUGAGCCAGGCUGCCUGCUGGUAGAGGCCACAGCAACUGAAGAGGGACCAGGGAACAUGGAGAUCAUUGUGGAGACAGUAGCUGGAACCCUGACCCCAGGUGCUCCUGGAGAGACCCCAGGUGUCCUGGUAAAGGUGGUGGAGGUGUACUUCUGUGAGCGCUGUGAACAGAGCUUCGCAGAGCCCACUCUGCUGGCCCUGCACCAGUGCAGUGAGACCCAUAUACAGCCUGUGCAGGGCCUCUCUAGCCCCCCAUGCUCUGUAGAGCUGCCUCCCAGCAACCCAACCCUCCCUGGCCCUCUGCAGGGCCAGAGCCCACCAGUUAGCCCCCUAUCAUGCCCUGUGUGUAGACAGGAGUUUGCCCAACCCCAGGCCCUGAAGAGCCACUUCAAGAUUCACCGGGGCACUCCUGACACCUUCUCCUGCCCAGAAUCUGGCUGUGUGUUCUCUGCUGAAGAUCGCAAGGGUCUGCAGCACCACCUGAGGCAGACUCACAGAGCAGUUCCUGUGCCCUGUUCUUUCCGGGGCUGCCCCCUGCUUUUCGGGAGCCAGCAGGGCAUGGAGCUGCACCGGCAGGCGCAUUACCCUUUCCACUGCAGCCACUGCAGCUUCAUGGGCUCCAACGUGAAACUCUUCCGGCAGCAUCAGCGGAGCCAUGGUGCUGGGACACAGGGAGAACUUUCUGCCGUUCAGGGCCUUCCAUCCCAGGAGCUGCUGCCAGCUCCCAAACUGCCUCCAGGAGAGAGAGAACCUUCACAGGAAGCAGGUACACCCUUGCCUGGGCAGGAGACAGCUGAAGAGGAGAAUAUAGAGAAAGAAGAGAAGAGUGACACCCAGGACUCCCAGAAGGCUGUGGAUAAAGGCCAAGGGGCUCAGCGGCUGGAAGGGGAUGUGGCCUCUGGCACCGAGUCCCUCUUCAAGACCCAUAUGUGUCCAGAGUGUAAGCGCUGCUUUAAGAAGCGGACCCAUCUGGUGGAGCACCUGCAUCUCCACUUCCCAGACCCCAGCCUCCAGUGCCCUAACUGCCAGAAGUUCUUCACCAGUAAGAGCAAGCUCAAGACCCAUCUGCUGCGGGAGCUGGGUGAAAAGGCCCACCACUGCCCACUGUGCCACUACAGUGCGGUGGAGAGGAAUGCACUCAACCGCCACAUGGCCAGCAUGCAUGAAGAUAUUUCCAACUUCUACUCAGACACCUAUGCCUGUCCUGUCUGCCGUGAGGAAUUCCGCCUCAGCCAGGCCCUAAAGGAGCACCUCAAGAGCCACACGGCAGCAGCCGCAGCAGAGCCGUUACCCCUUCGCUGCUUUCAGGAGGGCUGCAGCUAUGCAGCACCCGACCGCAAGGCCUUCAUUAAGCACCUGAAGGAGACCCAUGGGGUGCGGGCUGUGGAGUGCCGCCAUCACUCAUGUCCCAUGCUCUUUGCCACAGCCGAAGCCAUGGAGGCCCAUCACAAGAGUCACUACGCCUUCCACUGCCCCCACUGUGAUUUUGCUUGUUCCAAUAAGCACCUAUUCCGUAAACACAAGAAGCAGGGCCACCCUGGCAGUGAAGAGCUGCGCUGCACCUUCUGCCCCUUUGCCACCUUCAACCCAGUGGCUUACCAGGAUCAUGUAGGCAAGAUGCAUGCUCAUGAAAAGAUCCACCAGUGUCCUGAGUGCAACUUUGCCACUGCCCACAAGAGGGUGCUCAUCCGACACAUGCUUCUACAUACGGGUGAGAAGCCCCACAAGUGUGAGCUGUGUGACUUCACAUGCCGAGACGUGAGCUACCUAUCCAAGCACAUGCUGACCCACUCCAACACCAAGGAUUACAUGUGCACUGAAUGUGGCUAUGUCACCAAGUGGAAGCACUACCUCCGUGUGCACAUGCGAAAACAUGCAGGGGACCUCAGGUAUCAGUGCAACCAGUGCUCCUAUCGCUGUCACCGGGCUGAUCAGCUGAGCAGCCACAAGCUGCGGCAUCAGGGCAAGUCUCUGAUGUGUGAGGUGUGUGCCUUCGCCUGCAAGCGGAAGUAUGAGCUGCAGAAGCACAUGGCUUCCCAGCACCACCCUGGCACACCGGCCCCACUCUACCCUUGCCACUACUGCAGUUACCAGAGCCGCCACAAGCAGGCUGUGCUGAGCCAUGAGAACUGCAAGCAUACCCGCCUCCGUGAGUUCCACUGUGCCCUCUGUGACUACCGCACCUUCAGCAACACCACACUCUUGUUCCAUAAACGCAAGGCCCAUGGCUAUGUGCCUGGAGACCAGGCCUGGCAGCUCCGCUAUGCAAGCCAGGAGCCAGAAGGGGCCAUGCAGGGCCCAACACCCUCACCAGAUUCAGAGCCCUCAAACCAGCUGUCAGCCCGACCUGAGGGGCCAGGUCACGAACCUGGGACUGUGGUGGACCCCAGCUUGGACCAGGCCCUGCCAGAGAUGAGUGAGGAGGUCAACAAUGGAAGACAGGAGGGCAGUGAGGCUCCCCAUGGGGGUGACCUGGGUGGCAGUCCCAGCCCAGCAGAGGUGGAGGAGGGCAGCUGCACACUACACCUAGAGGCCCUGGGAGUAGAGCUGGAGUCUGUGACUGAGCCACCCCUUGAGGAGGUCACUGAAACAGCCCCUAUGGAGUUCAGGCCCCUGGGACUGGAAGGGCCAGAUGGACUGGUAGGACCAGAGCUAUCUAGCUUUGAAGGUAUUGGGACUUCUGACUUGGGUGCUGAAGAAAAUCCCCUUCUGGAAAAGCCAGUGUCUGAGCCCUCCACAAAUCCUCCAUCCUUAGAGGAGGCCCCUAACAACUGGGUAGGAACCUUCAAGACAACUCCACCUGCUGAGACAGCACCCUUGCCCCUGUUACCUGAGUCAGAGUCGUUACUCAAAGCCCUAAGGAGACAGGACAAAGAACAAGCAGAGGCAUUGGUGCUAGAGGGGCGGGUGCAGAUGGUAGUGAUCCAGGGAGAGGGGCGAGCCUUCCGCUGCCCACACUGCCCUUUUAUCACUCGCCGGGAGAAGGCCCUGAAUCUGCACUCCAGGACUGGGUGCCAAGGCCGCCGAGAGCCCCUGCUGUGCCCCGAGUGUGGGGCUAGCUUCAAGCAACAACGCGGCCUCAGCACCCACCUGCUGAAGAAGUGCCCUGUUCUGCUCAGAAAGAACAAAGGCUUGCCCAGACCAGAUUCACCCAUCCCUCUGCAACCUGUGCUCCCAGGUACCCAGGCCUCAGAGGACACAGAAAGUGGGAAGCCCCCACCUGCACCACAAGAAGCAGAGCUACUGCUUCCAAAAGAUGCUUCUUUGGAGCUUCCCAGGGAGCCAGAAGAAACAGAAGAGCCUCUUGCCACAGUCUCUGGUUCCCCAGUCCCUCCUGCAGGAAACUCCUUGCCCACAGAGGCCCCUAAGAAGCACUGCUUUGACCCAGUCCCUCCUGCAGGAAACUCCUCACCCACGGAAGCCCCUAAGAAGCACCACCUUGACCCAGUCCCUCCUGCAGGAAACUCCUCACCCACAGAGGCCCUGAAGAAGCACCGCUUUGAGCAGGGCAAGUUUCACUGCAACUCCUGCCCAUUCCUUUGUUCCCGGCUCUCCUCUAUUACCUCUCACGUGGCUGAAGGCUGCAGGGGGGGACGUGGCGGGGGAGGAAAACGAGGGACCCCACAGACCCAGCCUGAUGUGUCCCCGUUGAGCAAUGGGGACUCUGCUCCCCCGAAGAAUGGGAGUACAGAGUCCAGCCCUGGUGAUGGGGAUACAGUUCUGGUUCAAAAGCAGAAGGGGGCUCGCUUCUCCUGCCCUACAUGUCCCUUUAGCUGCCAGCAGGAACGGGCUCUGAGGACUCACCAGAUCCGGGGCUGCCCCCUCGAGAAGUCUGGAGAGCUGCACUGCAGCCUCUGCCCAUUCACUGCUCCUGCUGCCGCUGCCUUAAGGCUCCACCAGAAGCGGAGGCACCCCACUGCAGCCCCAGCCCGUGGGCCCCGGCCCCAUCUACAGUGUGGGGACUGUGGCUUCACCUGUAAACAGAGCCGUUGCAUGCAGCAGCACCGGCGGCUCAAGCACGAGGGGGUGAAGCCCCAUCAGUGCCCCUUCUGUGACUUUUCGACCACCAGACGGUACCGGUUAGAGGCUCACCAGUCCCGACACACAGGCAUUGGCCGCAUCCCCUGCAGCUCUUGCCCCCAGACGUUUGGUACCAACUCGAAACUGCGCUUGCACCGGUUAAGGGUACAUGACAAAACACCCACCCACUUCUGUCCACUUUGUGACUACAGUGGCUACCUUCGCCAUGACAUCACUCGUCAUGUCAACAGCUGCCACCAAGGCACCCCAGCCUUUGCCUGCUCCCAGUGUGAAGCCCAGUUCAGCUCAGAGACAGCACUUAAGCAGCAUGGUCUGCGCCGACACCCCGAGCCUGCACAGCCUGCCCCUGGCUCUCCUGCAGAGACCACUGAGGGCCCCCUGCACUGUUCCCGCUGUGGGUUGCUGUGCCCCAGCCCUGCCAGCUUACGAGGACACACCCGUAAACAGCACCCACGGCUUGAGUGUGGGGCCUGCCAGGAGGCCUUCCCUAGCCGACCGGCUCUGGAUGAGCACCGGAGGCAGCAGCAUUUCAGCCACCGCUGUCAGCUCUGUGACUUUGCUGCCCGGGAGCGGGUGGGCCUGGUAAAGCACUACCUGGAACAGCAUGAGGAGACUUCAGCAGCCGUGGCAGCCUCAGAUGGGGAUGGGGAUGCUGGCCAGCCCCCCCUACACUGCCCCUUUUGUGACUUCACAUGCCGCCAUCAGCUGGUACUAGAUCACCAUGUGAAAGGGCAUGGGGGCACUCGUCUCUACAAGUGCACCGAUUGUGCUUACAGCACCAAGAACCGACAGAAGAUCACCUGGCACAGCCGCAUCCACACUGGGGAAAAGCCUUACCACUGUCACCUCUGCCCCUAUGCCUGUGCUGAUCCCUCUCGCCUCAAGUACCACAUGCGGAUCCACAAGGAGGAACGGAAGUACCUGUGCCCUGAGUGUGGCUACAAGUGCAAGUGGGUCAACCAGCUCAAAUACCACAUGACCAAGCAUACAGGACUGAAGCCAUACCAGUGUCCCGAGUGUGAGUACUGCACCAACCGGGCUGAUGCACUGCGUGUGCACCAGGAGACCCGGCAUCGAGAAGCACGGGCUUUCAUGUGUGAGCAGUGUGGGAAGGCCUUCAAGACGCGCUUCCUGCUGCGCACCCACCUUCGCAAGCACAGUGAGGCCAAACCCUAUGUGUGCAAUGUGUGCCACCGUGCUUUCCGCUGGGCUGCUGGCCUGCGCCAUCAUGCCCUCACCCACACCGACCGCCACCCCUUCUUUUGCCGCCUCUGCAACUACAAGGCCAAGCAAAAGUUCCAGGUGGUCAAGCACGUACGCAGGCACCACCCUGACCAAGCCGACCCAAACCAGGGUGUGGGCAAAGACCCCACCACCCCCACAGUGCACCUGCAUGAUGUGCAGCUGGAGGAUCCCAGCCCUCCUGCUCCUGCCGCUCCCCACACUGGACCUGAGGGCUGAAAGCCUGCCCCACCUCCUGUAUAGGAAGAGGGUAUGGUCUGAGAUGUGCAGACUGGGACCAGCGCUAGCCUGAGGAGCUCAGAGCCUAAGGAAAGACUGGCUUUUGGGGUACAAGGGUGACUAGAACCUUCCUGGGACUCUGGCUAUAGUACUUUGAAAUUAUCACCCAUAUAAAAGAGGGACAUGGACUAUAACGUUGAUUUCUUAUUGCUGUACAUUGCGUUUUUAACCUGCAAGUUCUCAGUUUCUUCACCAUCACUCCAUCAAAGUCCCUGGCUAUAAGAUCUGGAUUUUACCCACUCCAUCUUCUCUUUCCUUCUUACUGUGUCAACUCCUAUUUUCUUUCAGAAUCUUCUAAAAACAGUUGUAUCUAACUGCAUGUGCUGUUGUGCCUAAUGCUCUAUAAAGCAUGUUAAACAGAAA